AUGUUGAGACUCACUCUCGUCGCUCUAGGGCUCCUUGCAGCUCAGGCCGUAGCACAAUGCACCCGCGAAGACCUCAUUGCUGCUACUGAUAGUCUCCUUGCAGCACAGACUGCGGGAACUCCCGACACGGUAGCUCCUCUGGCCGACACAGUGGUCUACUUGGAAGCAUUUAAGACGGCUGAUAUCAAGACUGGAAUACUGUCUCACGCGCUCAAUAUUGACUUCAACCGUAGUCUCCACGACACCACCCAAUGCGCAACUUACACCGAGAUCGUUGUCACAGACAAGGCGCACCCGUACGUCAUAGGCACGCAACUGCGCUUCGCCGACGGAAAGAUCGCCAAUAUCAGCUCUCUCGUUACUGAUCAGGGCGAUUGGCUUUUCAACGCUACCGGUACCCUCUACUGGGCAUCCCAGGAGAAGUGGGACCCAAUCCCGGAGGACCAGCGCGACAGCCGCGAGGUGAUCCAGGCCGCAGCCGAUGCCUACGCCGACCUCUUCAACGACAAGUCCGUACAAGUCCCUUGGGGACACCCUUGCGCACGUCUUGAGGGUGGUGCUUACACUGGCUCUGGAUCCGCCGACGAUAGGUGUGAUGUCGGUGUUCCCAAUGGAGUCAAUCUGAGCAACCGUCGUUAUGUCAUUGACGAGACUCUUGGUGCUGUUGACAUCUUCAUCGACUUUGCGACUGUUCCAGACAGCCACGAGUUCCGAGUCGAGAAAGGCAAGCUUCGCUACGUCCAUACCAUAACUGUGAUGGGUGGUUAA